AUGUUGAGUCCCAAGAGACUAGUUGAGAAGGCGAAGAAGGGACUUCCCUCGACGAGAGCCAAUAGCCGGUCUAGAUCCUCGGAUGGAAAUGGUGCGGCUGCCAAGGAAGGCCACUUUGUGGUCUAUACUGUGGAAGGCACAAGGUUUGCGGUGCCAUUAGUAUUCCUUAGAAGCUGUGUUUUUGAAAAACUCCUCAGUGUUUCGGCUGAGGAGUUUGGAUUACCAGGCGAGGGGCCAAUCACCUUGGUAUGCAGUGGAUUUUUCAUGGAGUACAUCCUCUCAAUGCUUAAAAGAAGCAUGUCAAGAGAUGUGGAGAAGUCACUGCUUGCCUUCAUCAAUGCAAACUGGAGUUGCAAUUCCUCAUUUGUUGAUCCUCCAUCUCACCAACAAGGAAUAGUAGUAUGA